AUGUACCUGGAGGAGCGGAGGCUGGUCCACCGGGAUCUGGCCGCCCGCAACGUGCUGGUGAAGUCACCCAAUCACAUCAAGAUCACCGACUUCGGCCUGGCGCGGCUGCUGGACGCAGACGAGAAGGAGUACAACGCGGACGGGGGCAAGGUUGGUAUGCCCAUUAAGUGGAUGGCUCUGGAGUGUAUUCACUACAGGAAGUUCACCCAUCAGAGCGACGUGUGGAGUUAUGGCGUGACCAUCUGGGAGCUGAUGACAUUUGGCGGCAAACCGUACGAUGGCAUCCCCACGAGAGAAAUCCCAGACAUCCUGGAGAAAGGGGAGCGCCUGCCGCAGCCGCCCAUUUGCACCAUCGACGUCUACAUGGUCAUGGUCAAAUACAAACCCCCCAAACUGUCCCUGCAGCCGUUCCUGCUCAGCCCUCCCCUGGCUGGAUCCACAGCCCUGGUGCUGAUGCACCAGGCUGCAGAGGGAUCCACCGUCACAGAUUUCCAGGAAUCGCUCCAGGUGCACGUGCCAAUCCACGCUCCGAGCUCCGCCAGCUAA